AUGUCCCACUUUCAAUUCAUCCUUCAUUCUGCCACCAAUCUUCCAAAAGCCGACGUUGUUGGCACCAUCGAUGCCUAUGCAGUUAUUAAAAUUCCAUGUGAAACAUGUGUAAAGGAAUAUGUGACACCUUUCAUCAAUGAUGAUGAGAAUCCAGUUUGGAAUUUUGAAUGUCCAUCAGAGAUUUAUAUGAAUACUAAUGAUGAGAUUACUGUGGAAAUAUGGGAUAAGGAUACAUUCACGAGGGAUGACUUUGUUGCGAACUGUCAAAUUUCAAUUUCUAAUAUUUUGGCAUGUCCAUUUAAGGAAAAGACAAUAAUAUUGAAAUGUGUCGAUGAUUACACUCCCUAUGACAAGAGCAAACCAGCAACAGUCACAAUUUCUGCUUUUUAUAAAUCCUUUAGAAAUUAA